UUCGUUCUCAUCAUGCCGGAUGUUGAGGUACACAUGUUGUUCGUCUUGAUAGCCGCUGUUUCAAUCGAGAUACAAGUUAUGAAUUUUUCAAGUCCGAAUUUAAUUUCAGGUUCUCAUAAGAAGCAGUAUCUAAUCGAAAUCCGCAGGUUUGUAGAACAUACAAGUCACGUGCCAAAUAUCUUUCCAACAUUUGAACGUCUUACAUCAAGUUGCGGUUGUUCUUCACUCCAAAACGGUGACAGUAUGAACUCAGUCCAUGGUUUACUUGGCCGUACCUGCCAAUAUCUAAUCAGCAGUGAUUUCGUUUGCCGUGUUUUGCGAGAUCUAUCUGAUCGCGAUAGCCGCAAUCAUUUGCAAAUACAUCGUUAUCUACCAGAUACUGCAUAG